GUGCAAACGAAUGCCUUCACAGCCCCGUGGACAAGGCCAGGCACUCCGACUUGGGUCUACAGGUACAGCUUAGGUAAUGUCCACACUGUGCCACUACAUCGUCCAUGCUCAAGAGCUUGAAUGCCGAAGAUCCGGAGAAAUCGCAGCUUCUUCCUCAACUUCCUCUCUCUCUGCUCCACGUGGCUGCCAUGUGUGAUCACGGCAGAUGAACAAUGUUCGUCAUGGUCUUGGUACUAUCAAGUUGAGAUGGAUGGGAUCUUGUUCAGGCUUCACUCUCCACGAUGGGACGAAAACAAUCGAUCAAAAUCUUCACAUCCAGAUAAGACUCGAUAAGGCAUGUGACCCAAUAAUCGGCAGAUUUCGUUCUCUGUGCGGGCCUUAUGGCUCUAUCUCUUUUGUUCCGUACACCAGCAGCCACAGGUUUCUCA